CGCAUUCACGCCACACAGUACCGUCUUGGCAUCCUUAUCGUGAUCGUCCUCCCUCGUGUUCUCCUCCUUCUCUUCCUUAUCCGCCUCCUCUGUCCGUGGCCGUUUUGGCUCGGAGUGCAGCGCAGGGGAGCAGGGCCGAGCAUCUCUGUAGGCCUCGGCAUUUCCGCGAAGUGCCAGAGGAUGCCGCCCAAGAAGAAGGUGGAGGAAGAGGCCGUCGGGCCAUGGAUGCUUGGUCGCUGGUCCCGGUCACUGAAGGUCGGCUUGGUGGGGAUGCCGAACGUCGGCAAGAGCACGCUCUACAACAGCUUGAGCAAAUCGCAUCACUCGAAGACCGCAAACGUUCCGUUCUGCACGAUAGACCCCUCGGAGACAAGGGCGUACAUGGAGGACGAUCGCUUUGAAUGGCUAGUUGCCAAGGACAAGCCCGCCAGCGAGGUCAGAGCAUUUGUGACAGUAGUUGAUAUUGCUGGGCUGAUAUCAGGCGCCUCCAAAGGAGAGGGCCUGGGGAACGCGUUCCUCUCGCACAUCCAGGCCGUUGAUGGCAUCAUCCACGUUCUUCGCGCCUUCGAAGAUGACGACAUCAUUCAUGCCGAGGACACGGUCGACCCCGUCAGGGAUAUCAACACCAUAAUGGCAGAGUUACGCAUCAAGGAUCUCAGUAAUAUGCAGUCCAAGAAGGAGAUGCACAAGAAAGCGCAGAGCGCUGCCAAAGCAAAGUCCCCCGCGCACGCUAAGAAGUGGGCAGAGGAGCUCGAGACCAUGGAAAAGAUAAUGGAGUGCUUGGAGUCGGGGACCGACAUCAAGAGGAACAUGUCUCAUUGGACGACCAAAGACAUCGAGUACCUGAACGAGUACAUGCUGCUCACAGCUAAACCGUGCAUGUUUGCAAUCAACAUGAACAAGAAAGACUACUGCAGAAAGAAGAACAAGUUUCUCAAGCCCAUCUUCGAAUGGGUGAACGAGAACUCGCCCGGGAGCGCCAUGAUCCCGUAUUGCGGCGCCUACGAGGAGGAGUUGCAGGACAUGGAGACCGAGGCGGCGCGGGCGGAGCAGCUGAAAGCGGACGAGACCACGAGCGCGAUGAACAAGAUUAUCACGACGGCCUUCCACAUGGUCCACCUGAUCAAUUUCUUCACCUCGGGGCCAGACGAGACCAGGGCAUGGACCAUCCGCAAGGGCUUCAAGGCGCCGCAGGCCGCCGGAUGCAUUCACACCGACUUCGAGAAGAAGUUUAUCAUGGCAGAGGUCCAGGCGUUCACGGAUCUGAAGGAGCUCGGUUCCGAGACCGCAGUGAAGGCCGCUGGCAAGUACCGGCAGGAGGGUAAGAAUUACGAGGUGCAGGAUGGCGACGUGAUCUUCUACAAGAUCGGCAAGUGAGAAGCCUCUAGUUUUGGUUCAUUCCCCCCGAGUCUAGUUCGGCCGCGUCACCCUGGCACUUGCCCUCGUUCGCCCUCCGCCGUUGCGUGGUUUUGGUUUCAGAGCGCCCCCACCACCCAUCGGUAACGACCACGCGAAUAAUCUGUCGUUGAACGAA